CGUCGGUGGUCCGCCACCGGCCCCCGUCGGCCAUCCGGAACACGUUCCCACCCGUACAGUGUUGCGCGAUAGCAUCACCAAUUCAUUUGUACGGCUACUCAACUCAAGUUCGGUCUUCGGUGUUCUAGUACUUUACGCGUGCCAAUCAACAGCCUUGCACCGCCUCUCCGCCCCUUAGCCGCUCGCCAACCAAGUUGGUGGUCGACGGUCGUUACUUGUUACCACGAAUUCGUGCUCGUUACCGACUGUGUUCGAGAUACCAAUGUGCAAAUUAUAUAACCAUCGAUCAUAAUUUAUUGUAGUUUUAAGUAUAAUAAUAUAUAUACAAAUUUUGUUUUUUGUUUGCCGCCAGUUGUCAAUAAUCGACGGCCCGCUGGAUUUCCAGGUAACGUAACGCAUUCUUCUGUGGUCGCGUUGAUCGUCCGGGCCUCCAUGCUACCGCGCUCGCUUGUUGGCCCGGGGGAAGUAGCGCGACGCGCAAACAAUGACCGUACGUUGGAAUAUUAUGAACUUCGAAACUUCUAAGUAUAAAUUUUCAUUGCUGUCUCUUUUCUCCGCUGCAUCUAUCUGUCGAAUGUAGUUUUGUUAUUUUACCGCUGGAUAUUUUUUGUUUUAGGCGCGAGAUUUUUGCACCCGCCGAUCACAAAUAUUGUACCGGCCAGUGCCUAGCGAUUGGCUUUGUCCCCUUCUCUCUCCCGCACCCCUUCAAUAUAAUAUGUUUCCCUAUCUCUCUAUUUCCGAAAUGAUAACAAAAAUACAAGCCUUUGUUCGUCUCAACGACACUAUGAAAAGGAUUAGUCCAUUUUCUCAUGCAAAAUCGUAGGUAAUAGAUUUUUUUUUACAAAUCUGAAUAAUUUCGUAUUUUUGGCAUCCAGACUGAGCCUUUGACUGUAAAUUUCUAUUGUAUCUAGUUGCUCGUCCAUUCUGAUUAAUCAAGUUUUUUGUUGGUAGGUAGGUAUUCCACCUGAUUAGAAGUUCAGUGUGCAAGUAGUAUCUGUAUAACUGUUCUAGUAUUAAAAUUAUUUUAUUUUGAUAUUUGUUGUAGUAAACAUUAUUUGUGAUUGAUUUAUCAAUUUUUAUUAUUUUAUUAAAUCUAAAGUUUAGUAAGUAGAUACUACCAGUAUUAGUAUUUUUCAGUAUUUAGUUUUUCUUUUUUUAGCUGACUAAAACUAAUGUUACUAUUAUUUCUUCUUAUUGAUUGUUAAUCAUACCUUUUAUAUCUAACUAUAUUUGAUACCUAUUUAAGUCGUGUGUAUUGAAAUUUGUAAGUAGAAGUUUUCGUUGAUAAUAAUUUAAAUGAUAUUCAAAUAAUUUAUUUGUAUGCAUCAUUAUUUUAUUAUUGUGAAUAAAACUUCUUAGUAGUAUCUAGAUAAAAAAAAUAGUAUAAUGAUACAGUAAUUAAAUUCAAAACAAAAAAUAUUAAUGGUUACCUGAUUAGAUUACCUACCUAAUUUAAAAAAAAAUCUUAUAUAGGCAUUUAUGGUUACUUUUCAUUUAAUAAUAUAAUAUUAUAAACACUUUUUUGAAAAUAAACUGACUGUACACAUUGUGAGUGAUUUUCGACACAGUUUACAUUAGACUAUAUGUUUUUCAGUACAUUAAAUAAAAAAAAAAAUGUAUAAAAUUAAAAUAGUUUUUUUAUUGGAUUAUUGUUUGAUACUUUUUUCAAAUCAGUACCUACCUAUAUAAUUUGUUUACAUUCUAUUUAAAAAUUAUGAUUGAGUUAAUGACUAAAAUCAGAUUUUAGUAUAAUCUAUUAAAAUUUUUUUCUAUACCGGGUGAUACAUAUAGGGGGGUACACUCAUUAUCUCUGAAAAUAUUAACCAUUUUAGAAAUUUAUUUUCUAUAACUUAAGAAAAAAGUAGAUCUACAAUUUUAUAUUUAUGUUAUUUUUUGAGGUCCCCCCUACCUACUUUCAAUUUUUAAAUGGCAACCUAUAUUAUUAAAAAUUCUAUGAAUAGAUGAAGUGUUAGUUAAAAUAAAUUUGAGUGUUGAAAUUUUUAUUCCUGUUUAGCCAUUGGCGAGAUUUUCCAUUUUUAAUUUUAGGCUAAAGUAGAGUAGUGGUGUAUUAUUAAAACUACAAACACUACUCAAAUGAUACUCCACUACUCUCCUCCAAUACAAACUUAAAAUGGGAAUAUCUCGUCAAAGUAUUGAUGGAAAUCAAAAAUGUCAAUACUAAUAUUUAUUUCAACUAAUACUUCAUCAAUUUGUGGACUUUUUAAUUAGGUUGCCAUAUGAAAAUCAAAAACAGGUAAUGGUUUUACCCCCAAAAAUAAGAGUGGUAAAAAAUAACAUAAAUGUAAAAUCAUAAAGCUGCUUGUUUCUUAAAUUUUCUAUAAAACAAAUUCUGAAAAAGUUAAUACUUUCCGAGAUAAUGAGUGUAUCCAUGUAAAUGGAUCAGCUGGUAUACAUAUAGUAAUAAUAAAUAUAAUUUUUAUCAGCAACAAGUAAAAAUAGUUAAAUAUUUUAAAUUGUAAUAAUUGUUUGUUAAAUUUGAUUGAGUAAAAUUGACUGAAAUUCAAUUAAUUUCUAAUAAAGUUUAGUCUUGUUUUUAACAAUUUUAUCUAGUUUAUAACAUUUGUAUUAGUGGGUAUGCAAUACCUAAGUAUAUUAAAUAUAAUUUAUGUUUAUUACUUUUUUAGAAAAUAUAUAUCUAUUGAUUAGAGAACUGUUUACACUGUUCAUAUAAAAAAAAAAAUUAAUUGGCUUGGAAAUAAAUAAAAUAAAACAAUAGGUAUUGAAAUUUUUAGUUUUUAUUCCUUUUUUAUAUAGCAAUAUUCAAUUCUCUUUGUUAUUUUACAAUCUGAUACAGAAUAUCUGUAUAAUUUUUAAUAAACCAUAUUACAUAUAGAAAGGAUGUUAAAUUUUAUAAGCAUUUAAAACUCACGAGAAUCGAAGCGGUAUUCUAAAUUUUGUAAGGUAGAGGUAUAUAAUUGUUUAUACCAUAUACCAAAUAUUUUACCUAUUUAAAAUAUAUAUUGCUUACCUAUAUUAUAUCUGGAAAAUCAGUUAUAAUUUAACUCAAUUAUUUUAAUUUUGCCUAUUAUAAUAUUAGAUACCCGAUUAAUAAAUCUCCAUACUAGGGAAAAUAAAAUAAUUUAAUGUUGUGCAUGUGCAUUUGAAUUUUAAUAUUUGAAAUAGUAUGUUUAAUUCUUUAAUAUUUGGUUCUUUACGAUUGAAAAACCAAUGCAACAAAUAUUAUUGUUUAAUAAUUAUCUUUAUUAAUUAUAAUUAAAUUGUUAAUUUUUGUUUAUUUAUUAUAUGUUAUAGGUAUAUUUCCUUAUCCAGAUAUAUGUACAUCAAAUAAUAGUAUUUUAAAAAACAACAUCAAUCAAAUAUUUAUAAAAUGGUAUCCACUAGACAACAAUGCAGUAGUAGUAGUUCAGGUUCUACGACCAAAGCAGUUGUCAUAACAAAACCUGAGAAAUGUAUAAGUGUAGUUAGUUUAGGCCAGUCUAGUUCCAUUCAAUUAAGUCAAGUUAAUCUACUAGACAUUCCAUAUGAAAUAAUUGAGAAAAUUUUUUCAUAUACUAAUUUCAAACACAUAUCUCAAUUAAGAGCGGUAUAUUAAUUAAAUAUAUGCAACUUUGACUAUUUUACUAUUUAUGUUUUUUAAAAUAUAUUUGCAGGUUUCUCGACAAUUUAACGUCAUAUGUAGCACUAUAUUAAAUUCUACUUUUCAACGUUUACAAAACCAAAUGUUACAUCGUUUUCAAAUUAUUAAAACAAAAAUGCCUCGAAGAGAAUCGGCUAGGCGUCAACAUCCACUUGCAUGUGAAUCUGAUAUUGUUGAAACACUUCAUAUGAGAUUAUUAUUAUUACGUAUGGCAUUUGGUAAACAUAUUGAAAGGAAACAUAUAUGUUUCUUUGCUGGAGAGGUAAUUUUAUGUUUAUUUUUUUCAACACUGAAGGGUAAUUCAUUAUUAGACAAUUUUAAAUUGUAUUACUAAAAUAUAUUAAUAUAUUUAUACUUAGCUUAUUUAUUUAUUAAAUUAGCUUAAUUUUAUUUCAGAUUUUAGAUGAAGUGUAUAAAAUACUGCAUUAUAUUAAAGUUACUACAAAAUUGGCAAGGCCAUAUAAAGUGACAGAUGAACUAUUUGAUUUGUCUACUAUGGCUAUGGAAUAUUUUAGAGAAAAAAUUGAACCAACUCUUCCUGAAAUUAGACUAUUUGCAAAUGAUUAUCAUGAAUUUCCAUCACCUUUAGGUGGGUAUACAGGGUGAUCCACUGAUCAUGGACCAGCAAUUUUCUCUCAAUUUUGAGGUGAUAAAUUGAGAAUCCUCACCUAUUCCUCCAGUCUCAAAUUAAAACUUUUAUAACCCAACGGUAAAUUGAAUAUUAAAGUAAUUCAUAUUAACAUUUUAAGAAAAAUAUCUAUUUAAAUCUGUAUUUAAAGGGAUGAGAGGGGUUGUUAUUUAAAAAUUUAAAUUAUAUAUUCAUUUCAGGUAUUAGGAGUAUGGUUGAAAAGUUGAAAUUAGUUUUAAAAUAAAGUUUAAACAAUUCCAUAAUGAUUGAAAAAAGCAGAUAUUUAAUUCAUUUAAAACCCUCUGAGAAAAUUCUGGUUCAUGUAGUGAAUCACCCUUUACAUUAGAUUUUUAUGUAUAAAAUGAGUAUCACUUAAAUAUGUUGUGGUUUAAAAUAUUAAUUUAUAUUUUAUUUUUAUUUAUUUUAUAUUAUAUUUUAAUACAUCUGUAGGUCCAGCCAAUACUAGAACUAUUACAAGCAUGUGUUUAAGAAAACGUAGUUUAAUGAUUCGUGAAGGUUCUGUUUCAAGUUUAGAAGGUAAAAGAGCUUCAUCUGAAAGUCCACAAUGUAGUUCUAUGUUGCGAAAAAGUGUUGGUAAAAUUAAACAAGGAAUAAAAACGUAAGUUAAUUAAAAGUUUUGUUACAUACAAGUUGUACAUUUUAAUAAUUGCAUUAUUUGCACUUUUAAUUGAUAAUAAUUAUACUAUAUAUUUUCAAUCAGGUCCCAAAGUUGUCAUUUGGAACGAGAUUUUGUAGAUCUACGAAAACAACUACGAAAGUAUGUGCAUUCAAAUCUGAUAAUAGUUACAAUAUUAGUUUUUUUUUUAAAUAUUAAAAGUAACAUUAAGUUAUUACAGGAAAUCAAUAUCUAGUAUAGUAUAGCUUUUAGAAUUGAAAAAAAUAUAUAUUAUAGCGUAUAAAUGUUAAGAGUCAAUAGGUAUUGACAAAAAAUAUAUUAAUUACAGUAUUUAUAAUCUUUAGUUAUCUAUUAUAUAAAAUGUAGUUUUUACUUUUCCAAAAACAAAUAAAACAAAAAUGCAUUAUUUUAAUAUUAAUUUUUCUUAAUUAGCAUCAAAUUUAGCAUUUCAAUAAUCUAUAAUAAUCAAUUAAUAAAUAAAACUCAAAAUAAUAUGUUAGUAUACAUAAUAUUUAUAAUAUAGUAUACAGUAGAAGGUCGAUUAUCUAGACUAAUAAUUAUCAAGGGUAAUCCGGAUAAGAAAAUCUCUGGAUGAUUGACAUAUAUAUGUAUGUAUACACGAUAAUUGUAAGGAAUCAUUUUUACUUAUACAUAUACAUAUUUAUGUUAUGUAAUAAAACAGCGGAUAUCUAAUCUACAAUUUGGAAAUAUGAUUAUGAUUUACGAGUUAUCAAAAGACCAAAUAUUUUUUUUGUCAUCUGAUUUUAGUUCGGAUAUUUGGAUGUCUGGUUGAUUGACAAUUGGAUAAUCAUUGUAUAAUUAUUCCUGUGGGAGAGGAUUAGAUACUCCUGCGGUAAUUAUAUCUGUUGUAGGAGGCGACAAAUACAAUACAUUUGUUAGAGUUAACCGGUUUGUGAUAUUGGUUGGUUAAAUUUAAUUCUGAUUUAUGUCUAAACUGUACCUUUCCCUUUUUUAUGGUGUUUUUCUUUGUAUUUAUUAUUUAAAAUAAGGUCCAUUGUUAUACAUUUAUUAUUCUUUGUUGUUUCCACACCAGUUAAGUGUUUAAGGGAAAUCUAAACUGGUUUACUCUAAAAAUUUCAUGAUAGGGUUGAUGUGUCAGUGCUUAAGCCAAUUUUCAAAACAUAAAAUUUGUUUUCAAAAAUUGAAAAAAAAACACCUUCCUUCAACUUUUAGAUUGCUUGAAAAAAUAAAGAUUUAGCGAAAAAAUUUAAAUUAUAAAUUAUAAAAAAUAUACUUUUAUCUUAAAAAAAUGCCCCAAUAAAAAUUCUAUUUAACUCAUUAUUUCAUAUAAAUAGUAAAAUAAAAAAUAUGAGAUUAUGAUAACAAAUUUUAUUUUUUUAAAAUUUGGAAAGAUUAAAUAUUGUUCUGAAAUUGAACCUAUUUCACUGUAUUUUGUUUAUAAAUUAAAGAUAAAAUUAUCAAAAAUAAUUGAAAAAAAAAACAAUACCCUUAUGCCAUAAUUCCUUCCUAUUUUGGUACAGGAAGGGAUUAUUUAUUGAUUCCAUAUUUUCACUAAAUUAAUUUUUCAUAUUUUUUUUAUAAAAACGGGGGAGAGGUAACUCAUAUUGAAUUUAUUAAUUUAUAGACCACCCAUUAUAUAUAUAUAUAUAAAUUAUUUAAAAGAAAAAUAGAUUUUAUUCAUUAUUAUUUAUUAUUUUUAAUUUAAAUUUGUUAAAAUGUUUUCCAGGACUUCAACUCAAGUAGGGAAUUUACAACGAGAGUUAAAACAAUGUAAAACUCAAAUGGCUGAUCAACAUAAAACAUUAGUUGAAUAUUCAAAUAGAAUGGAUGAAUAUGAUAAGAAAAAUGAAGAGACGAAUCGAAAAUUUAGUACAUUGUUACAAGUUAGUAUUGAAUUGAAUGUUAAUUUAUGAUGGACUUACUAACCUAGUUAAACAUAUGUUAACAAUCUAGUUAAUUAAAUAAGUUGGUUAAAAAUGCAACAAAAAAGUCACUUAUUUUUUUUUUUUUUGGAGCAAUAUUUCUAAUAGAAAACAUAAUGAUGCGUACAAAUUAAAAUUAAUGUAAUUGAUAACACUGUGAUGAACCAUAUGUAUGUCUGUUUUUCAAAUUAUUUUGAAAACCUCUUGAAAAAAAAACCUCUUAUUCUCUGAUUAGAUUAAAAAUGUACAAAAUAGGUCUCUUGUUAAUUUUAUGAAAGUUCACACUCAUCAUAUUACAUACAUAGUUUUAUGAUUGUGUGUGUAAUUUACUUAAUAAUUGAGCAAACACAUUGAAAGAAUGGAGGAGUUAACUGAUUAAUGGUUUCAUUCCAUUCAAUUUUUUUUUUUUUUUUUAUGUAAUUCAGUUGAAAAUAUUUGUAAAAACUUGAAAUGUUAUAGAAAAAUAUUUUUUUUUUAGAAUAAUUUGAUAAGUUUUUAGUUAUUUAUAGGGAUUUUAAGUAAACGAGUUUUUGUUGAGAACAUUUUUUUUAUAAUGGUUCUAAGAUUAAAUUUUACGACCAUAUAAAUUAUCUAUGUAUAAACAAACUUGGCUCAAAAUUGUUUUUCAUAGGCAGUAGUCUAUUGCUUAAAGAUAGAAAUUUAAUAACUUUAUGUAUCCUACCUUCCCAACUUCCUAUUAUAUCAGUGGUGUAACUACAUUAAUAGUAUCAGCUCUUUUUUUUUUAUUAUUAAUUAUAAUUACUAAUAUUAUUAUUUAAUAUAAACAAAAUUUACUUCUUUUAUAGGAGCUUAAUAAAUGUAAGACAGAAAUUCAAUAUCUACAAUCAGCAUCAUCUUCAUCAGCAAUUUCUGUUUGUUCUUCUUGUACUACGGCAAGUGAUCAGUCUUUAGCGAUGGGGCCACCUGCUUUAAAUUCUAUCACCAAUCCUGUACAGACUCGAUUACAUAGUCAAGUAGAUCAAAUUCCACUAGAAAUUAAAGAAGACUCAGUUGAUCAGAAUGAACUGUUGGCAUCUGAGGAAGUUAAAAGUUCUGAUGAUCAGGAACCAUCCACAAGUACUGGAGUAAAACGUAAAUUAGAAUUGGCUAUUCCCAAAACUGCAAAACGUGUUAGGGCUGUAGCCAAAAAAGUACGCAGCAUUAACAUUAACUAGACAAUAAAUAAUUGAUAAUAAAAAUAAUUUUUAAUCGAAACUAAUCUACCUCUCACAUUAAAAUAGACAUAAACACAAUUUCAGAUACAAAUCAAUAUUUAGUUAAUAUUUUAUGAGUCUGUAAUUAUUCUUUUCUUAUACAAAUAUUAUAAUUUACUUUUAAACAUAAUAAUUAAUAUUUUAAUUUGGUACCUUGUUGCAUAACAUAAAUAAAUGUACAUAAAUAUAUUUGAUAAUUAUUGAUUUGGACAAUUUUGAAUUUUAACACUGAAGUACUCCUAUCAAAAAUUAUUAUAUAGUUCUACAUUGUGCGCGUGAUUAAGAAAGUUUCGAGCAACAUAUUUUAUUAUCACAAUUUUUAUUUAAUUAAACAAAAAAAAAAAUUAAUUUAUAUUUUUUGCUUAGUCGUAGACCAUAGUGUACAUUUAAAUUUAAAUUUUCGAGACAUAACUUGUAUUUUAAAAAAUUUUAUUGUUUAAAUAUUUAUAUGUUAUAUUCUCUAUAUUAUGUGUCUAGAGUUACAUUGAUAAUACUACAAGUACCUUAUACAUUUCAUAAUUUUAGUGAAUAUUCAUAAAAUGUAACUAAUUCUAAUGAAUAAUAAUAUGUUCGAUUCAUUUUUAUCAAUUUUAGACAAAAUUUAUAUAUAUAUAUUAAAGAAUAUGCGACCAAAUCGGAAAACUAUUUAUUGAUACGUUUGUUAAUAUACAUCGAUAAAACAAAUGGUCAUGCAUUAUUUAAUAAAUAUGGCAAUAAAAUAUAUUGUGAAAUUGCCAUCUAGGUAAUUAUGAUAAUAUGUAAUGUUUAUACCAAUAAGUUUAAAGACUGUAAGUUUUUUAUUAUUUAAAAGUACCUUAUAACGUCUACGUGUUAGUUUCUUAGUUGUUUAAUUUAUUAUUUAAUGAAGUAAUGACCAUUCUAAGACUAGCCUUCAACUAUUUGUACCUCCAUUUAUCUCUAUCUUUUGCUGUUCUCCAUUAUAUCCAGUUUCCAUUAUGUUUGCAUCCUUUACCAUACAAUCUUCCUAUCUUAGGUGAUGUCUUCCUGACUGUCUAAAUUCUAGUUGAUUACUAUUUUAAUUAUCAACUUCUAUUUCUCCUAUGCACGUCUUACAUAUUUCAUCCUUUUUGAAUUUCCAUAGUUAAACUAGGAUGUUGAAAUAGAGUAAUUGUAUUAUUUGCUCCACUAACUAGUUUAGUUUAAACAUCUUUCUUUGCAUAUUUUUAAAUAUUUUCAUCUCAAAUACUUCCAACCUUUUUUCUGGCUUCUUAACCAGCCAUGUUUGUGAAUCGUAAAUCACCAUUAGGUGUUCUUAGAUUAAAGUAUAUAUGGACGUAAAUUGGUGGUAUAUUUGGAAAUAUUAUAAUUAAUUUAUAUUUUGUUUUUUUAAGAGAAGGCAAUUAAAAUUAAUCAUUAUUCUUUACUUACCUUCUAUUCAUAAUUUACAUUAUAGUAAAC